CGAGCAGGGGCGGGCCGGAGCGGGGCGCGCGCAGCAUGGCGGAAGCGGAAGGGAUUUCGCCUCUCCUGUUGCCGCGGCAGCCACCCCCGCCCGGGAUGGCGGAAGUGGAGGCGCCGACGGCGGCCGAGACGGACCAGAAGCAGUCCAGCGGCUCUAGCGGCGGCGCCAUGGACGUGGAGCGGAGCCGCUUUCCCUACUGCGUGGUGUGGACGCCCAUCCCGGUGCUCACGUGGUUUUUCCCCAUCAUUGGCCACAUGGGCAUCUGCACGUCCACAGGAGUCAUUCGGGACUUUGCUGGCCCCUACUUUGUCUCGGAAGACAACAUGGCCUUUGGGAAGCCUGUCAAGUACUGGAAGUUGGACCCUGCUCGGGUAUAUGCCAGCGGGCCCAAUGCGUGGGACACAGCUGUGCACGACGCCUCUGAGGAGUACAAGCACCGCAUGCACAAUCUCUGCUGUGACAACUGCCACUCACACGUGGCGCUGGCCCUGAACCUGAUGCGCUACAACAAUAGCACCAACUGGAACAUGGUGACGGUCUGCUUCUUCUGCCUGCUCUAUGGGAAGUAUGUCAGGGAGGUGUCACGUCUCCACCAGGAGCCUGGAGCAUCUCCUGCCAAGGACCGUAGGUGGCAGUCCUCCAUAGCGGGUGCCAGGCCCAGCCAGUCCCUUGGACCAAAUUAUGGGCGUCGGGGCCUUCGUGAAGACCUGGCUACCCUUCGUCCUCCUCCUGGGCAUCAUCUUAACUGCCAGCCUGGUCUUUAACCUCCGGUGAUGGCUGCCUCGUGGCCCUGGACCUGCCACUCCUUUUGGUUCCAGAUUCUUUUCCUCUCCCCAAAAGGCAGGGAUGGGCCUGCUGCUGGUUUUGACCCAAGAGUCUGGGCUUGGUGGGCUGGAAUAGGCUGAGGAUGAGCAGGGCUGGGGGGGCAGGGGGUGUAGUUGCGUAUGGUGUCUCACUGGUCACUCAGAAGUUCCCUGUGCCCUCCUCCCCAGGCUGGUGACCCCUGUGCUUGAGGCACCCUCUCUGCCCAUCUGUUGGAAAGGCUUUAACUUCUCCCUGUAGCUGCUCCUGUGCUGCCUCAGCGCAGUGCCUGGUGGGGAGGAGAGGGCAUUUGGAGCCACCAGACGGGUCAGAGCUGGAUUUGGAGCCUGUUCUCCUGCCAGGGCUCGGUCCUGGGUGGGCGGGGAACACUAGGAUGUCUCCGUAAGCUAAGCCACCUGGGCCUCCGCUGGCCUCUGGAAUGGUCCAGCAGGGCUGGGUGGCCUUUAGCCAGAAGCUGCACUAGGGGUAGUUUGUGCCCCAUCUCCUGGGGUCCUCCAGACCGUGCAGCCCCUUCUACCCACUCUCCCAGGGCCCAGCUCCCACUUGAGCCCACAUCCCUCAGCUAAUUGGGGCCUGGGCCCCCCAGUCAGGCUGGAGAGAUGAGUGACACUGAUGUGUCCAGAGUGACACCCUGCAGACCAGAGCAGCGGAAACAAAGCCUGGCCCCAGCCCCAGGUGUGGGCCUCACUCGGGAUGGCACCCCUUGGGUCCAAGAUGUGCCAGAGCAGCCAGCGCCAUCACAGAGCUGAGGGGAGCUGUUUCCUCCUCACCAGGGCUCCCUCUUCUCUCCUCGCUGUGGGAAGGGCCUGUGCUGCCCCUCACCCCUCCCCACGGAUUCCUGGGGGGGGGGGGGCACUCCCUGGCCAGGACAAUAAAGAAUUUUAACUCCAGAAA